UUUCUGACGUAUAUGUUAUUUACUAAUGUGUAUUUAAGUUUAAAAUUUUUUGCAUAAUUUGGUUGAGAUUUCGUCAAUCUGGGGCAAUGUAUGGACAAAACGGUUGUGGAAAAAAUUCAAUUAGCUGAUUGUCAUCAUCCCUAACAAUGAAAAAAUUGCUCUUAAUAAUUACAUGUACGGUUUUAAUCGUAGCGAAAUGCAACGCAGCUGCAAGAUCCAAGGGUAGCAAAAUGCCGAGUCAACCUAUCAAACUGUAUUAUUUACCGCCGUCACCACCUUGCCGUGCUGUUAUGAUGACAGCUCGGGCUCUUGGCUUAGAUUUAGACCUGGUUCUCACCAACAUUAUGGAAGGACAACAUAUGACACCGGAGUUCCUCAAGAUGAAUCCUCAACAUACAAUUCCAACGAUGGACGACAGUGGUUUUAUUUUAUGGGAAAGCCGCGCUAUCAUGACUUAUUUGGCGAAUGCGUAUGGACGUGAUGAUUCCCUUUAUCCAAAAAAUCCUCGCUCAAGAGCUCUCGUCGAUCAGAGACUUAAUUUUGAUCUUGGGACUCUUUUUAAUCGCUUUUUUAAUUUAUACGGUCGUAUGUUGUUCCAAGGGGAAAAGUAUGACGACGAGGCAGCAAAGAAACUGAAGGAAGCUAUUGGCUGGAUGAAUACUAUGUUGGAUGGACGGGCGUUUGUUGCAGGAGAUAAUAUGACCUUAGCAGAUAUAUCAAUUAUUGUUACUUUCAGCAAUUUGGAGGCGUUUGGCUACGAUUUUAGUGACCAUGAGAACGUUGAUAAAUGGUUUCAAAGAACAAAGAAGAUAUUAGAACCUUAUGGAUACGAAGAAAUCGAUAAAAAAGGAGCGAGCAUGUUGGCAUCAGUAUUAAAGAAGCAAUAAAUAUUACAGUUCACUUCAUUACCGACAAAUGCAAUAAAACGUUAACGACA